CGUGCGCACAAUUCUCCAUGCGUCACUCCCGGGAAACUUGCGAGAAAAAGAAGCGCGAGAUAAGAACUUGAGCGCGGAGACUGCAAUGCAAUUCUAUUGUUGUGCUCUGUUAUCAAAAGGGUUUUGUUGAUUAUGACAGUAAUUUCAGAGGUCUAAAAUGUGCUAAACGUUACGACACUGCAUGCAGGACGUGGUAUAAAACAUUCGAUCGUUGCUCCGGGGAUUUUGGACUUGAAAACAGCUAAAUAAGCGGGGAAAUGUCCUGGUGGUCGCGCGGUGAGGAUGGCGAAGAGGGGAUGUGUCAGGACACAGACUCUGAUGUAGCCGAGCAGAGAGACUGUGGGAAAGUCAAGGUGAAGUGGACCCAGGAAGAGGAUGAUAACCUCCGAGCCUUGGUUCAGAAGUUGGGACCAAAUGAUUGGAAACGAAUUGCCAGUUAUUUGCCGAACCGCACGGAGCAUCAGUGUCAACACAGAUGGUUUAAAGUUCUUGAUCCCGAUCUGGUGAAAGGUCCAUGGACAAAAGAGGAGGAUGAGAAGGUUAUUGAGCUGGUGAAGAAAUAUGGCAACAAGCAGUGGGCCAUGGUGGCCAAGCACCUGAAGGGUCGCCUGGGGAAACAGUGCCGGGAACGCUGGCAUAACCACCUGAACCCUGACGUGAAGAAGUCGUCCUGGACCACAGAGGAGGACCUGGUCAUCUACAAGGCUCACAGUGUGCUGGGGAACCGCUGGGCUGAGAUUGCCAAACUCCUCCCUGGAAGGACGGACAAUGCUGUGAAGAACCAUUGGAAUUCCACCAUCAAGCGUAAGGUGGAGAUGGGCUACUACACAGGUGUGGAAACUAACCUGAGAGUGACCCACCAGACCGAGCAGGGCGAUGUCGGCGCUCAUCACAGCAGUGACCAGCCUGAGCUGUGCUUUGAUGGUGCUGUGGACAACGUCAAAGUGAUGGAAACUGCGCAACAGGACAUUCCAUGCCCUGCAGUUGACAUAGUUCCUGCUAAGCCAGAGUCACCGCCUUGCCGAAAAGGGGUGGUGACCCCCAUACGGGACUCGGACAGUGGCGGGGAGUCGAGCAUUAACCAGUGGGUGGUGGACAGCUCUGGGUUCCUGUCUCCUACCUCGGGACCCGCCCUUAAGGAGGUCAUGGAGUUGAUGGAAGGGGACAUGGAGAGCUGGUGUAACCUGGCUGACGUGACCUUUGACCUCCCCGAGGAGAGCCAGAGUUCUAUUUCGAGCCAGAGCCCAGGCCGGGGCCCCGAGCUGCUUCAGUUCCGGCUGGAGGGCAGCGCCCUGCACGAGCUGAGCAAGACCAGCCGUGGCGAGCUCAUCCCCAUCUCGCCGCGCGGUGCCACGCCGCCCUCCAUCAUCGCCCGCCACAGCCGUCGCCGCAUCGCCGGCUCGCCCGACCCCAAUGACUCCAUGACCCCCAAGAGCACCCCUGUCAAGAUCCUCCCCUUCUCACCUUCACAGUUCUUGAACAUGUGGACCAAGCAGGACACGCUGGAGCUGGAGAACCCUUCGCUGACAUCCACUCCGGUGUGCAGCCAGAAAGCCAUAGUCACCACACCCCUGCACCGCGACAAGACGCCACUCACUCAGAAAGAAAACUCUGUAUUUAUCACUCCAAAUCACAAGUCUAAUUUGGAUGCUAACCCGCGGACUCCAACACCCUUCAAAAACGCCAUGGAGAAGUAUGGCCCUCUACGCCCACUGCCUCCUACUCCAAACCUUGAGGAGGACCUAAAGGAGGUUCUGCGCAAGGAGGCUGGGAUCGAAUUGAUUUUUGAGGACAACACUCCUCCUCCUGAACUGAGGCGCAAACAAGCACAACGGCCUCCAAUGAAGAAAGUACGGAAGUCUCUGGCACUGGACGUGAUUGACUGUAACGAGCCUGCCAGAGUGAUGCCUCACAAGCCCAUGCCUGAGAUGAACCCUGAGGCUGAGACGUCCCUCUCUUCAUCCUUCAACUCCUCCUCGUUUUCCUGUAAGAAAGACGACAACGUUUUAGAUCAGGGAUUCAUCCUUGGGCCGUGUGAGAAUGGAUCAGGUUCUCUACCAGAACCUCCAACCCCGAUGUCCCAGGAAUGGGAGGAGGUUGUGUGUGGCCGGACCAAGGAUCAGCUGAUCCUGACCCAAAAAGCCCGGCGGUUUCUGCGCUCCUUAAAAACUCACACCCCUAACCGUGCACUCAUCCUGUCCUGAGUUGUCGCUCACUUCAACUGAUGUCAGUUCUGUCCGACUUGAUUUUGUACUUUAUUUGGCUCUUCAUUUUGCUUUGUUUUGUUUUGAUGUCUAAAAUAAUCUGAAUGCUAUUUGUAAGAUAAAUGAGUGUUUCCCUAAUUACAUGGACCAGUGAUGCCCUGAA